AUGCGACACAGAUUUCUGAAUUAUCCGAAGCGAAAGUUUUUCUAUGACUUGCUGACGUUUUCGGCGACGAAAAUAGCCUUGGGAUAUACGACAUACGCAUUCGUGACCAUGAACUUGAAUCCUGCCUUUUUUGUUUACAGGCGUGUCUACUUCGCCGUGCAUAUCGUCGCUUUUGCGAUAAUCUUCGCUCUACCGCGUCUCUUCCCACCAGAGUCUACAGCUGACAAAACACGUUCCGCAAUCGUUAGUGUCAACAUAGUUCAGCAAUCCGUGGAAAAAAAGGUCUUAUAA